CUGCAACUCCAGAUAUUUCCUAAGUUCCUCUUCCUUUGAGCAGAAUACUUUCCAGAAAGAUACAAGAAAUGGCAUCUGUCAACAAAUUCCAAAAAGUGCUAGUGCUGGCACUUGACUGGAUUCUGUACAGUGUUGGUGCUACAGGUAGCUGCCAUGUCACCGUAACACAGCCCAGGUUUCAGGAAGCUGAACACUCUGCGCACACCGCGCUCCUAACGUGUGCUUUCUCUGCCCAUGGAUGCUCCCCAUCUCAGCCUCAAGUUCUAUGGUUUCGCUUUUUUACUAACAGACACGAGGAUCUGUGCACUCCUGAAUGCACGAAUCGCCAGAAGUUCCAAGUGCACACAUCAUCAGAAAAUAGCUACUGGCUUCAAAUCAACGACCUGACUGUAAACGACAGUGCUCUUUAUUUCUGUGGGAUAGCAUUUGCAGAUUCAGGCUCACCUCAUUCUAAGCAAACAGGAGAUGGAACAAUACUGACAAAAAGAGAGGGGCACAGCACUGCAGAAUUCAACUCCAUGAUCACCAUCUCAACGUUACUGCUUCUAUACAGCAUUACUGUAUUCACAAUCCUUGCAGUCCACAAGUUAAAACGAAAGCUGCUAAAUAGAAGUGGGAAUGAAGGGCAGAGAACAGAGAACUGUAACAUCAGUAGUGGCCGAAAAAUUUUUCGAGCAAUAGCCCAAGAACUUCAAAAGCAGCAUUAUGCUGAGCGCUGCCACCAGCCUGAUCAUGUGGAAGAUGACACUGUUUAUCAGAACAGAUGAAUAUGUGCUGCGUUUCCAAUUUGUUUGAUAUGUUUGAUGCAACUGAAGGGGCUGAUGAAGAAGUGAAGCUUUUUCACAGACUUACUUUCCUUUAAAACGCAAGGAGAAAAUUGGACAGGGCAAUGUUCUGUUUGCUGAACAGAUCAUCAAAACCAACAUUAUGUCUGCUACACAUUACUUCCCAUUCCACAAGAACAAAAGAGUGGGAGAAGGCUUCAACUUUUAGAAUAGAACUACUAAUGCUUCAUAAAAACUUCCCCUUUCAAUUUAGAUUAAAUUCUACACAUUUUUACAUGAAUUUCAAUGCAUUUCUUAUAUGUGAAUUGUGCAUUUGUGUAAGAUGUACAUUAAUCAACAGCAACAAAAUAAACUCAUUACGCAGUGACGUUCA